AUGGCAUACGAUCUCAGAGAACAAAAUUCAUUGUUUACAAACAAAUUACGAUGGCAUCAAAACGGUGAAAUGUAUCCGUUAAGGACGGCUGCUUAUGAUACUUCCUUUAAAGCUUUCAAUAAAAAAGCAUUUGAGGAGGACUAUCAAUUUGCUAUUGUUGCAAUUAGCAAUAUUCCUUCUAUCAUAGACAGUUCAGAAACAUAUCAAAUUGUUAGUGUUAACGAAGUUGGCAUUGUUAUCAUAUGGACAAUAAUUAAUGAAGAGUCAACUCGAAUAAAUGAUCAUGAUCUUGGUUUACGACCUGGUGCACAAUUAAAAAUGGCGCAAACGUCGAUAAUACGACCUGAUAGAAUCCAUUUCAGUAAUUUAAAUUCAUCACGGAAGAUGACUGUUAAUUGUAUGGUAAUAGUACCAAUCAAUCCAGCACAAUUUUUUCUCGGUACAAGUCGUGGCAUUAUUAUCAAUUUCAUUUCAAACAAAGCAAUCAAAUUAAUCGGUCCACGAAUAUAUCGAAAUGAUUUUGAUUUAGCAACAGAGGUGAUAUGUAUUAGUUUUUCUUUGGAAUCAAUCUUCUUUUUGGUUGGAUUCUCGAGUGGUCACAUAUCAUUAUAUGAAAUUUCUAAUGCACAACCGAUUUUAACUUUUGAAUCUCCAAAACAAGCACAGCAAUCAUUGCUACGAGUACUCUUCUCGCCAAGUAAUCCAUCCUUAUUCUACACAAUUCAUAGUCAUGGUUUAUUACUAAUAUGGGAUUUAACCAAAAGUAAGAAACCGGAAUAUAUGGAUGAUUUAAAUUUGAAAGAUGGCUUGGUGAUAACAAAAGCUGAAUUACAAAUCACUUCCUCAAGCAAUUCAUAUACAAAUCUUUUGGCAAUCGGUUUCAGUAACGGAGAAGUACAGUUGCAUGGUUUGGCCAUCAAUCGUGAUAACAGGAAAGGGAAUAAAUCGUUAUCAAAUGUUAUCAAAGCAUAUCAGCUAGAAAUUUAA